UGUGGCCAGGGAGCGGAGCGGAUCCUGGUCGAGGCCGAGGGACUGGAAGCGGCUCCGGGAAUGGAAACUAUAGCAACGGUAAUGAAAGCAAGAGGACAAUGAUGGUUGAGCAGGUAUACAGACUUUGUGGCAGCAAUUUGGGUGUUUGUCUAUCUAACCCAAUUUACAGCUGAUUACACCUGUGUAUAGAUACGGUUGCCAUGGAAACUGACAGCAAUGAAGAGACAGCUGGAACAAAGCCUUUGUCUCCAGGCCAUGGGGAACUUGCCAGAGGGAACCAGAUCCAGGGAGCAGCUGUGCAUGCAUCAUCAGAGUGUACUAAUACCACUGAUGCUGAACAGUCUUCUGGGAAGCUUAAGAAAACGGCAUUGAAACUGUUUGGAGGAAGGAAGAACAUUUGCACACUACCUAGCUUUUUCACAAUAAAGAACAAAGGACAAGUGAAAGGACUGUCCAAAAAGGGAAUCGCCAAAAGCAAAACUCACAGUGGCAUAAGUGAAGUAGUGUUGGAUAUCAACCAGAAAGAAAGCCCUGAUACUGGAUGGAGUGGAUAUACUGAUUCACCUAGUUCUAACUCUGCUGCAGCAAGAACAUUAUGUGGCUCUAAAAGUGAGCACUCGGCACUUGAUAACAAUGUAAACUCUAAUCUCCGUAAAGGUGAAUCACUACAAUCAGAGAACUCUGAAUGGUUUGCUCAGAAACAGAGCGCAGACAAGCUCUCGAGUGUGCGAAGGUCAAAGAAGGGACUAAGGGGUCUGUUUAGCAGUAUCAGGCGUCACAAAAAGAACAAAGCUGUUGAUCCUGCUAAAGGAAAUCCAUUGGACAGCAACUGUGCUGCUGCUGAUUUUGCACAUAUGGAACAAAUGACAGCAGGAGGGGAAGGUGUGUGUGCUGAAUUUAAAAGGGGCAUGGGCGAGCUAGAUUUAAAGUCUGCAUGUAAAAUGAACCAUUCGGUGACCGGUGAUUCAAUCGAUAAAACUUUGACCACAAAUAGUACAAAUUCUUCAUUUGAAUCAUGUGCCAUUAAAAUAGAAAAUUCAUUGAAAAAUAAAAGAUGUGAUUUUGAGACCUCUUGUGCAGAGGUAAGGAAAGCCAGUCCAGUUGAAAUUAAGACAUUAAAUGGGAAGGCGGGUGGUGUUAUUCUUAACAUGGACACUAGUUUUGGUAGCAUGCCAGAUAUUGUAAAACCUAAAUGCCUAGACCAUGAUCCACCUUCAGUACAUUCUUUUGAUCACAUCAACUUAAUUUUUGGUGAUGUCACCUCGCUGAAGAGCUUUGAUUCCCUGACAGGAUGUGGGGACAUUACUGCUGACCAUGAUGAUGAUAGCAUUGCUGAAAGUACAGUGUCUGGUGAGAGGGGCAGAACAGCUGGGAAGCGAAGCUCAUGUUUGGUCACCUACCAGGGUGGUGGGGAAGAAAUGGCAACUCCAGAUGAGGUGGAUGAUGAAUACCUUAAAGCAUUGUGGAUGAAAGCAACAGGAGCAACUGUAGUCUACGAUAGCAAUCAGAGUAUAGCAGAGGAUGGAGGUGAGUGUCCAAGAUCGCCCAGCGAUGUUGAACCCUCUGCCUUGCAUAUCAGUCUCACAGAUCCUUGUGCUCUGAGGGCGACUGCUGAUAGUGCAAUCAACAGCAGUGAACUGGUGACACCUCAGAGUGACCACCAAGAAUCGGCACCAAAUAGCGAUGAAGGUUAUUAUGACUCUACAACUCCAGGACAUGAUGAGGAAGAGGGAGAUAGCAUCAGCCAAAGCAAAAAUGAACGGCUUCCAAGGGAUAGCUAUAGUGGGGAUGCUUUGUAUGAGCUCUUUGUUGAGCAGAACGAUAGUCUCAUGAAUUCCCCUCCCAAUGACGAAAAGUUUUUAGAAACAAAGUCUCCUUCUUUGGGAAUCUCUUUGACAGGUAUUUUAAAUUUUCCUGUGCCAGGGGAUGUAAAUGUUUCUCAUAUUCCAAACAAGCAAAAUAUUCUGCUUCCUUCAGGCCAAGACAAAUUUGAUUUUAUUCAAGAAGAUGGAAUCAGAUUAGCUCACUUGCAGCAGCUGACUUGUUGGGAACCAUGUGGAAUGACAGCACUUGAAAAAGGCCUGGCCUUUCAAGGAAAGGACAUGUUCUUUGGUGAUGUACGCAAUACUGAACUUAAUAACGUUGCUGCAAAAGCUGACAAUAUUAUUGUCAAAAGCCAACAAGAUGGUGUGAGCACAGAGCCACUUGUUUCAUAUUGUCUGAGCAGAAGUGGGAAGGUGAAAGAUGAUUACUUGACAAAUGUGGCUGAUGAGCAGAAUUGGACAGAUCUUCAGGGAUCUAGCUGUUUAAAAGAAGCCAAUAAUAAAUACAUGGUGAGCAGCCAGAGUGUGUGUGGAAGUUACAGCAUUACAAAGCUUCAACAUAAGAUGUCGGGGGAGAACUACAUACAAGGAUACAAAAGUAAGAAUUGUGAUGAAUGGGAACGACAAAUGAAAGAAGUUGAGAAUAGAGGUAUGAAAAAUGUAGCUUCGGAUAGUACAUGUGUCAAAGGUGCAGUUGAUGAUUCCUGCAGAAAUGCCUCUUCCUGUAAUGUAGUGGAAAAGACCGAGGAGCAAUGUGAACAAGCUAUCAAUUACUCUCAGGCUUUAGUUGAAUUCACAGCUAAUAGAAAACUUUAUCCUAUUCUUUCCGAUAGCCUUGGGAGUUCUGAUUCGGGUUCACACUUCGCACAGGAUAUACAUGCUCUGCCAGCUAUGGUAACAUUUGAUGUUGUAGAUGUUGAGAAUGAAGGUGAAUGUGACCAGCAGAGUGAAAUGGUCACGGAUGAGGAAAUUUCUGCAUCUUAUGAGACCUUUGACAGUAAUUAUAUGGAGAAAGAGCUUUAUCACCGUUGUGAUGAUGGAAUGUUUCACGUUUGUGCCCAGAAUUCCUUCCUUGGCAAUUGUUGGGGUGCUGCCAGUCUUCCACGUCACAUUAGCCUUUAUAAAUUAAGUCCGUCAUUGCCGGCUCCGUUAUCCCUUAAUAGAAGGAGCAAGUCCCUUGACACUGACAGCUUGGAACCUGGACUCAUUGAUUUAUACCUGUCAAAGGUCACUGCAGCGUCAAAGAGCACCCCACAGUCUCCUGAUGUUCCUAAGUACAAGCAGGACAGUAAAAAAGGAUCUGCUUCUCAUUGGUUUGGCAAAAUAAGUGGUCAGACAGUUUCUUUGGAAACUGGGGAGAUCACGAACAUUUCAAAUUGCUUGGAGCAGCAGCCUCUUCAAUAUAGGGAGGAGCCUUUGACUUCAGAUAAGAGAAAUACAGAUUCCAAGUCUUUCUGUCCUUUCAAUACAGAUUUGGGUGCUCAGCACGUUGGCCUGGGAGGAGAUUUGAGUUUAUACUAUAAAUCUAAUUCUGUUAAGUUGCCAGUUCAAAACUUAUCUACUUCUAAACAACAUCUGGAACCUAUAAAUACCAAUAAAAAGCUCCAUAGCCCUAGAAAGUUGGUUAGACCCACCCAUCUACCAUUGCAAAAUGACAGUUGUGGUUUGCAGUCAGGGACUGUUUCCUUUAAUUCUUCAAGGGAAAACACUAAUGGAAAACAAGCAUAUAUUUCACCUUCGUUAAAUGAAGGACAAAAGGAUGACUUUUCUAAAACUGUGUCCUCAGUUCAGUAUUCUGCUACUGACUCUGAACUUGAUGCUAAAGGAUGUAGGGACAUAGGGCUACCUCUGGCUCUAUCUCCAUUUUGCUCAAAUAAAACAGAGAGCCUGAAACACAGCAUGAAUUUCACAGGACUUUACACAACUGCCAACAAUAGUAUGUUUAAGGGAAGAAGUGACCUCGAAGUUAAACUUCCUGUUGGCUGGAACAAAAACACUACAAUGGAUGUGUAGCAUUUAACAGACUUUGGGACAGGGAACAUUCAUGAGGGACUGCAGAAUAUUUAAUUGAUUUGUUUUUAUGUUUGUAAAUUGACAAAACAUUUUUUAUAUUCACCAAAGGCUUUGAUUAUGACUUUUUUUUUAAAGUAUUAGUGUAGCACUAUUUUUAAAAUGUGAAAUGCAUGUUCUUUUUUUAAGAUAUCCAUAGAUGUGGUAAAGUGGAUUAUUAAAAUAGAAUUUCCACUACUUUGGUACAAAAUGCUGCUUUAUUACAGCCAAAGUAUGGGACUGUUGUGCUAAAAUAUACAAAUGUGACUGAGCAGUUUGGAAUUUUGUAUUGUAGUGCAAGCUUGAUUUAUUUGCACUUCCAGUAUCUGUUCUCUCAAUUAUCUGCAAGAAUUUUGUUGGGUUCUGUGCAUGGUUCUGCUAAUCCAAAAUCAACUGAACGAAAUGUAUGCUAAUUUCAUUUUUCAUAUAGACAAUCCAACAAGAUAAAAUGCGAUAGUCUGGAUUUCCUGUACUUGAUUUUAAUAUUAAGACGUUUCUGUUUAACUAUAUUUUUUCUCAAGUCAGGGCUACUUUGCUUCUCAAGACUAUUUCCUUAGAAUGAUAGAAUAUGCACACACUUCGUCUUUUGAGAUUGUGAUCAGCUGAAAUAAAUGGACCAAUCAGAAAUAAUAAAUUAGUUGAGUCAGACUAAUUUGUUACCUGACAUAGUGGAGUCACAUCUUAAUGGAUAAAUUCAGCUCUGCUAUGAAAGGGCUAUCCAGUAAUAAUUGUUGUGGGAGUACCUUAAUUGGUGUUUAUACCUAGCAAAUACUUUGGAAAGAAGUAUUGCUUAUACAUCAGGAUUUCUGUAAAGUCCUAGAUUUCAAAACUGAUUUGAAUUCCCUAAUAAUCCUUGAUGUAGUACUUAAUCAUGAUGGCCAUCAGAUCCCGGGUUUGAUUGUUUGAUCUCAACCUGCAAUGUGGCAUUUGGAAGAGAGAAGUUAAUUAUUGACAAGAGGAGCUGUUUAUGAUUAUCCAGUGAUUCAUGCUUGAGAACCCUUUUUCUUUGAAGGGUUGAGCAACUGUCCAAUACACACUAUCUCGUCUUGCUAUAAAUAUUUGCGUAGAUGAAGUAUGAAGCCGUUAAGUAUAAACAGAGGGCUAUUUAUCAGCCACUGUAGAAUCAUUUCUGUCCAUGGGGGGAAUGGAGAACAAGCCCCACUCCCACCUUAGUUUACAAUGUUUUAGUAUAAUCAAAAGAAUUAUUAAUUUAAGAUAAAUCAAUAGUAACUAGAAACACUUAAAAUAAUGAAGUAAACACUGCAAAACUAGUUGUUCGUCCACAAUGUUGAUAUCAGAUAUAACAUAGCCACAUUGCAUGUUAUCAUUUGGAUUUGGGUGAAGUGCAACAGUAAGUGAAUGUGAUCCAUGAGAAAUGCACACAAUUAUUAUUUUUUAUUUUUUCAAACUUGGGUUGUGCCUAGAGACUGAGAGAUACAACACAGUCUGUCUACUGUGAUUAAACAAUGAAACAAAACCAAAACUUUGCUUGUUAUGUUUAACAUUUGCUUGUUAAGUUUUAAUUUGUAGCAGAAGGUUGCAAUAUUAGUGCUAAGUUUGAAAUCUAAAAUGAAAUUUCAAUGUGCAUACUUCAUAAAAGUGAUAAAUUUGUACCUUUCAUCUUACUACUAUUAAAAAAGCUAGAAGGGAGAAAGGUCAGCCUCAGUUCCUGCUUAGUCUGUUACUUUGAAACUCGUGCUUCAUUCUUCUAUUUAUUUAGCUGUGGCUGCAUAUUUGAUUAGCCUCCAGAAUUGUUAUUGUCCAAGACCAUUCAUGAAAAUGCUGGUGGGUGAUUGCAUGAGGAAAUGUGGUGAUGUCUUUAACAGAGCAGGAAUUGCUGCAUUUUCUUUUGCCCCCCAUGAUUGUACUUAUUUUUGGAACACAACUAAAAUGUUGUUGUAUAAAAUGUAUUUGAUAUUGUAAUUUCCACCAUUACAGAACUAGACUCUGCCACAGCCUUCUCUACCUGAUUAUGCAAACAAAUGCUAAUAUAGAGUUUUCAAUGCAGAUAACCUCCCAUUCCAUUUGAAAUUUGAAAUAAAUGCUAUGUGAAUGUGAUAGAACUUUUCUCCUCAAACUUUUUCCAAAUAAAGUGCUACCUGAAAUACAUCAUACUUUCAUGAAUGUGAUAUGUUAUUUUGGUAUAUCAGCAGAAGUAGGAGCAAAUGAUUUAUUUCCGCAAUCCAUUAUAAUUUCCAUUUCUCUUCUACUUGAAAUCUGAAAUGGCAGCAAGUCCCAGUACAAAUAGUAAAUGAGAACGAUACAGCAUAGAAUCACACCAUUAGACCUAGUGUGCCUCUGUCAGUUCUCUGAAAUAAGUGUCUAAUUAUUUCCAAUCUUCUUGUUUGCUUUAGUCCUGCCAAUACAGAAAUUCAUAGUAUGCCAUACUGCAUUAUAAUAGUUGACUCAAUAACCCAAACAAACAUAACUGUCUUAUACAAGUAAACCAAUGCAAGUCUGUAGUUCUCUAGAUUGAUUUAUCUGUAAACUGUGUAAGAACUUGUUUUUUCUUAUUAUUCUUCCCUCUCCUGGUCCACCCCUACAGAUGUCUUUUGAUAUAUGAAUCUGCAACUUAUACUCUGUCAACUCAAAAAGAAUAAAUCAGCAGAAAUAAGAGUUUCACUAUAAUCUGUAUUUGAGUUGUUUAAGACAGAACACCUUUUUUUAAAGAGAUAGUAGGAACUGCAGAUGCUGGAGAAU